AGAUGGGAUGCUUAAUAUCAUGGUCAUAAAUUAACAACUCUCCAACAACUGAUCCACCUUAUAAUCCACAAUGUUUGAUGUUCUCUUGUACUUGACUUUGAUUAGUUUAAGAAAACAAUACUGCAAUUUGAAUAUUAUAUAAUGAAGUUGUUAUAAUAACAUAGUUCCUUAAACAUGGCCAGCUAAUUUGUUAAAGGAUUUAUGUCUCUCUUUCCCCCCUUAAAUAAACCCCUUCAACAACUGAAUCACUACUUAUUUUCCCUGGAAAAACAUGAGUGGAAGAAUCUUCGUCGUCAUAUUCUUCUCCUGGACUGCUCUUACAAUUAUUACCCCUACCCUUGUUCUCUGGUCAGAAUCCUCCAAACACAGCUUUGAAUUCAAUCGUAAGGGAACUGAGGGGGUAAAGGAUCAUAGGAAAAUGAUUGGAUAUGGAGUGAAACAAGUAAGUAAUGGAACCAUAUCUGUGAGUCGAUUGGAAGCAGCAACAGAGCAACAGAAGUGGAGCUGCCUCCUGGAAUUUGGAGGCUGGGUCAUCAAAGUACUUCGAAAAGCAAUGGGUUUGUUAUCAGGGUCAGAUUAAAUCAAUGAUGAACUAUACAAAGGAAGUGUAUGUUUUUCUUUUUCCAACUUUUACAAGAAAACAUGUAAAAGAAGGCAGACUUUCAGAUUUCUUACCUUGUACACAGAAACCCACUGCACAAAAUUUACAUAUUUAUUUAUUUAUUUUAUGAAUGUUUCGUUCUUUUUAAAGUUGAUUUCUAGUGGUAGGUAAACAGAUGAUGAAAAUCUCGGUAGAGUAGGUGAAGCUGAAUGACUGAAGGAUUUUAUGUUUGUCGACAAGUUCAGACUUGCCAAGCAGCGACUUGUAUAUUGAAUGCGAGUAAAAGUAAGAUAGAGGUAUUCAGAGUAAAA